UUGUCCAAAUUGGCAACAAUUUCCUCUAAUAAAAGUUUCCUUAAGUAAAGGCACUAAAGAAAUGUGCAAUGUAUGCUUGAACAUAGACUCAGAAUUAUCAGAGUGUCCUCCUGCAGGUGUUGAACUAGAAACAUCUGAAAUGAUCAGCGAGCCUAGUCCGGAUCUUGAAUACCAAAGAAUACCAAAGUUGAGUAGUAAUAAAAAAUUUUAAAUCCGACCAAUGCAAAAGAAGAACUAAAAAUUCUAAUAAAAGCGAUAGCUGUUCCUCUGAUUUGCAAUCAAGUCCUUUAAAAGUUGCAAUCCAACAAACAAAAAAUUUAAAACAUUGUUGACUAGUCAUAAUACUGUAACCAAACACAAUUAUACUGCACCUGCUUCAUAUUUUCAAACAUCAGCUUCUAACAGUAAUAAUAAUCAAUACCCAAGGAGAUCUCUAUUGAAACAAAACACUUUAUCUGAUUCCAUGCUCAAUAUAAAUUCCACUCUCUGUCACAAAGAUGCAUCAUUGUCACUCUGCCAACUAAAAUCCAGUCAAACAUGUCGCUUUGGAAAUUAUGGUGACUCGCCUUUUUCGUAUAAGUUAAUGGAUCAGAGGCGAAUGCAGUAUGGGUUGUUUAUGGAGUUGGCUGCUAUUAAAGCCGGUCAGGCAGAUAUUAUUACCACAUUGGAACGCUUAGGAAGAAGAAUAGAGCCAGCAGAUUCAAGUUUCCAUCUUACAAAGUUUGACACCAUGGAAGAAUUUAAAAAGUUCGAUAGAAAGUUGGUUGAUGAAAAUGAGUAUACUCUUCUGGUUAGUCGUUUAAAACAACUGGGUGGACAGUUUCGCAACUAGUAAGUAGGUGUAUAAAUGAGAUGAUGGAGAAACAGGUGCAGGCGCAGUUUAACAAGAUAGGUAACAAAGGGAAAAAUCGUUUAAGAUUACUUUGUCAUAUAAGGCAAUACUAGGUAAGUAUUUUUUCUGUUUUAAAAAUGUUAUAUAAAAGAUAUUUACACCUGAAACCCACCUUUUAUGACUAUUUAACCUAAUUUUCUUUUCGUUUUUUUUUUUUUUCAGUUUUUUAUU